CAACAAGGUGGCCAAGCAGCAGACGCCAACAUGCAGAUCUUCGUGAAGACCCUGAUAGGCGAGACCAUCACUCUUGAGGUCAAGCCCAGUGACACCAUCAAGAAUGUCAAGGCCAAGAUCCAAGACAGUGAAGGCCUCCCUCCUGACCAGCAAAGUCUGGUAUUCGAUGACGAACAGCUGGAGGAUGGCUUCACCCUGUCUGACUGUUUCAUCCGGAACGAGUCCACCUUGUAUCUGGUGCUGCCUCCUUGCGAUGACAUCCUUGAGCCCUCCCUUCGUCAGCUUGCCCAGAAGUACAGGUGGGAGAAGAUGAUCUGCCGCAAGUACUAUAAAGGCCUGCACUCUCAUGCAGUUGACUGCAGCAAGAAGUGGGGCCAUACCUACAACCUGCGUUCCAGGAAGGCCAAGUAA